AUGGCUUCAAACCCAUCUUCCAGUUCUCCCGAUAAUAAUGCAAGUAGUCGCAACUCGACCACAGAUGCGGCUCCUGCCGAACUUUCAGCAGUGGUUGACGAGCUUUUGAAUUCUCUGUCGAACAAGUUCGCUGGCGUUUCCAGUGAGAUAUUCGCAAAGAUGGACGAAAUGUCGAGACGCUUGGAUAACCUCGAGGCUGCUUUGCAAAGCUCCGAGGGACGGGAGGGAAACGACAGCCCAAAAUGA